AUGCCCCUCCUCUCCCUCCCGCUCGAAAUCCUCUACACAAUCGCCGACACCCUCCCUCCCCAGCCACUCCUCAACCUCCUCCUCUGCAGCCACGCCCUCACGCACCUCCUCCUCCCCCUGCACACCACCCUCCUCGCCACCCACGACAAAGACGGCAUCCCCGCGCUCUGCCGCGCCCUCAUCACCGGCACCCUCAACCCCACCCUCCUCACCCGCCUCCUCGCCCUCCCCACCCUCACCAUCAACACGCGCUACCCCGGCCUCGCAACCCACCGCUUCCCGCACCUCCCCACCCGCGACCCAACCCGGCGGCGGCACUGGUGGUGGACCCCCGGCGCCACAGCGCUAUACAUGGCUGUGCAGCUGCGCGACGAGCGCCUGGGUGGUGGUGGGGAGGGUGGGGGGUAG